CGGGCUCGGGCGGGCUCGCCGCGCUCCCGGCGCGCCGCGGCCGCGCUCGGUCCCCGCCCUGCGCUCAGCCCUCACACCCGGCCCGCGGGGCGCCCCCUGGCGGCGCGGGCCGCUGCGGGGCCGGGCCUGGGCGGGGCCUCGCGGGGCCAAUCGGGCGCGCCCGGCGCGUUCAAACGGGGCCCGAGCGGAGCGCGGCGCAGCGCGGCGGUUGAGGAGGGGCGCGCUCAGGUGAGGGCCGGCCCGGACCGACCCGACCCACCGACCCGGCGCGGCUGCCUCUCUGCCCCUCUGCGGGCCGGGCUCGGGGCAGCCGCGGCGCUGUGGGUCGUGCCGGUGCUGCUGCCGCCGCCGCCUCCUCGCCCUCUCCCUGAGGGCGGGCCCGUGGCCGUGCGGGGUCUGCCGGGGCUCGGCAAUGGGUGGGAGGGCAGCUCUGCUGAGGGAUAACAGAUGCCGGUUGUUCCAGCUUUGAGCGCUUGCGUUUCGUAUCUAGUUAGUGGUUGUGAUUCUUUAAAAACGAGGAAUGAGCGUAUUUCUCGUUCUGAGUCCAGUUCUCUCGAGCUGAACCUCAUUCCUUAUUUUAGAACGAUAGAGCCUUUAUUGGGGAGUUUCUCUUUCCUCCAGAAAGACUUUGUGAUUAUUCAUAAGGCACAGCUGUGGUAAGAAGAGGAGAGAACUUAAAAAGGUUAUGUUACAGCUGUAUGGAAAGGAUGGACUUUCCAGAAAACACAUCAUUCAUAGCUUACAUCCGUGUUUCUCUAUUUACUGACUGACAAAGUUUGUAUUUUACUAGUAAUGUAACAUAAUUUCCUGUCUCAAACUGGAUUGAGCAAUAAAUACACUGCUCUGAAAUUUUAAUAUUUUCCUCACAAGUUGUGAGCUAUGAAAACUGUAUGGUCAUGUUAUGUGUAAAUAGAUGUAAUAGCAUACAGUCUCAGAAAGCUACUACUUAGAAGUGUAGCAUUAAAGGAAACUUCUGUUGGAGCAGUGGCUAAAUGAUUUCUUCUACAUCACUUGCUCUCAUCUUGCUUUCCUUUUUUUCCCCCGACCGUGUUCUGCUGUUGUUAAUGAUAUUGCAGGUUUGAAAGGAUCAAAAGUAAGUGACUUCUUGUUAACUUGUAACCAUUACUUAAUUGCAGCUGUCAAGUCUGCAGUGGGUAUUCAUAUCAGACCCAUUACAACCCAAUAACUGAUGCAGAUGCAACAGGGAAAACAUACUUUCUUAUACAGGUUAUAUAUAGAUAGCUUUCAAAAUAUUUACAUGUAGAAAAGACAGGGAGUAUAUUUACAGUUUUCUUUUGUCCCCUAGGCCAGGUAUCUUUUGUUUUGCUAUGUGUCUAUGUACCAGAGCGAACUAAAAUAACAUCCAAAGUUACUGCUAAUAGUCAUGUUUAUUAGCUGUCCUGUUCUGAGACUGGGUGAUAUAUUGACUAUCAAAAUCCUGGGAAAAGAUCUUCCUUCCAUGUUCAUAGACUUCCUAUUCAAGGUUAACUUGGCUGUUCUGCUGGAGUCUGAUAGCUGUGAAAUACAAAGAGUGUAAAUAGAUGUGAGUGAAUGGAGACAUGAUCUGGAAUGUCCUCAGCUUGGAAAUCAUGGUAGACCAUUUGGAAGAAAUAUCCAUAGUCAUCUUUGUUGCAAAAUAAUUAGAUUGUUCUUUUUACUAGCUAUUGCUUCUUUGUGAUGCUUGGUUUACUUUCUGAAACAAAUCAUAGAACUCAAUGAAUCAAGUAAAAUAGCCUUUUGUUGGAAGCAGACAUUCAGAUAAAAAGGAAUUAUUUUUUUUAAUACCAGAGGUGAAAUAGGACAGUACUUGUUCUUAAUGUUUGGGAAGAUGUACUGCAGUAUAUGUAAGGAUUUCCCCAUGGAGCAAAACAUAACUCACAUUGCAUAUCAGUAUCCUAAAUUAUUUGCUUUGUCUCCCCAGAUUCCUCAUGAAGCAGCCACUAGAAAUAAUCCUUUAGGAAAAUGCUGUACUUGUUAACAUUUGGAUUUUAAGUAGCUGGAAGACAAGAUGCCUAUUUACACAAUUCCUGCCAGGAGCCCUGCUGGGACACGAUGCACAGCCACUUUGCAGAAGCCUUCCUCACACGAUACCCUGGCCAGCAGUAAAGCACCUGGGCAGCAGCUGAGGUCACAGGUGUUGGGAGAAAAGGAUGGUCUGCCUUCAUGUCCUCAGAGUAAGACUGAGGAAGUAAAUAGGACCUAUGUGAUUUCAGCUUGUGCAAAAGUCAGUGAUGUGUCAACUUUUAAACUGGAAGGCAGAUUGACACUCCAGAGGAGAACUGGAGCAAGCAAAAAAUCAGUGUCUGGUAGUGACACAGCACAGAGUACAGAAGAGCUACAAACAGAGAAAAGACUUACUCUGCAGAGGCGUGUGAGGUCUGGCUCUACAGAGAAGAGUAAAAUUAAUCAGAAUAUUGUGCCUAGAAAAGGAAAUGAUGACUUUGAUGCACAAGGAAAUGACAAGAUUGCACUUACACAGAGUAUUAAGGGUACAGAUGGUGUUAAACCAAACUUGAAGUUAACUGAGAGUCAGUCAAGUACCAAGUUGCAGCACAACCUGAACAGCAAAGAUUCCUUUGGUUUAGUUGGUGGUGUCUGUGAAGAUGCUAUCGACAGGUGUUUAAAAGGUAAGACAAGCACUGCUAACACAAAGUUUCAAAAUGAAGUUCCUAAAUCAGAACGGCUUGUUACCUCAAAAUGUGCUAAUAGGCUGUCAGGAGAGCAACCGAAUGAAAAAGACAAUAUGAAUAAGCUAUCUGGAAAGCAAAGGGCACAGCCCUUGAUGAUAAAACAGAGCAGCUGGGAAAGACCGAGGACACCAGCGAAAGUUUUAACAGAAAGAUUUGCACUUACACCAAAGAACAGCACUUCUCAAGACCAACCAUCCCUCAAGCCAGCCUCAAAUGAACAAACACCUCAUCUGCAAAUUUUAGCCAAGAAACUCCCUAGUGUCUCCAGCUCUCUUCCUGUAAGUUCAAGUUCAGAAACAAAAGUGAACCCAAAAACUUUAGCUGAGAGCAGCAGUACUGGGGAAGAUGUCUUCAAAGUGAAAAACAGCAAAGUGAUUGUAGCUGUGCGGGUGCGGCCCUUCAGUAACAGAGAGAAAACUGAAAACUCAUUCCCUGUGAUCUCCAUGAGUGGUUCAGAGACAAUUGUACAAAAUCCAUCCACAAACCAAGUUUACAGCUUCAGUUAUGAUUUCUCCUUCUGGUCUUUUGACAAGGAUCAUCCUAAUUUUGCAAGCCAAGCAAUGAUUUAUAAAACUUUGGCACUGCCACUCCUUGAAAGAGCUUUUGAGGGAUACAAUGCUUGUCUUUUUGCUUAUGGUCAGACUGGCUCUGGAAAAUCAUACACGAUGAUGGGAUUUGAUGAAGACCGAGGAAUAAUUCCGAGACUUUGUGAAGAUCUUUUCAAUCAAAUAGCACAGAUGGACAAGGAGCAGGUUUUGUAUCAUCUUGAAAUGAGCUUCUUUGAAGUAUAUAAUGAGAAAAUUCAUGAUUUGCUUGUCUUUAAAGCUGAAAAUGGACAGAAGAAACAACAACUUCGUGUAAGAGAACAUCCAGUGUUGGGACCAUAUGUGGAAGGUCUGACAGUGAAUGUUGUCCGUUCUUACUCUGAUAUUCAGAGUUGGCUUGAGCUAGGAAAUAAGCAGAGAGCAACAGCUGCUACAGUAAUGAAUGACAAGAGCUCUAGAUCUCAUUCUGUCUUCACCCUUGUCAUGACACAAACCAAGAUAGAAUUUGUGAAUGAAGAACAGUGUGAUCGUAGGCUCACCAGUUACAUAAAUCUAAUUGAUCUAGCUGGCAGUGAGUGCUGUACAAAGGCUCAGACCACUGGAGAAAGGCUGAAGGAAGGUGUGAGUAUCAAUAAAUCACUGUUGACCCUUGGAAGGGUUAUUUCUGCACUGUCUAAACAAUCUCAAAAUGGAAAGAAAACUUUCAUUCCUUACCGGGAAUCUGUCCUCACUUGGCUCUUAAAGGAAAGUCUUGGUGGCAAUUCCCAAACAACCAUGAUUGCCACAGUCAGCCCAGCUGCAAGCAGCACGGAGGAGACGCUCAGCACCCUUCGCUAUGCAAAACAGGCUUGUUCAAUUAUCAACAUUGCUAAAGUAAAUGAAGACAUGAAUGUCAAACUAAUCAGAGAAUUAAAAGCUGAAAUUGAAAAACUGAGGGCAGCUCAGAAAAGUGCUCUGAACACUGACCGUGAAAAAUACAGGCGUUAUUUGCAAGAAAUAACAUCUCUGAGGGUAGAAUUGCACCAGCAGGAGAGAAAUAUGGCAGAAAUGCAAAGGGCCUGGAAAGAAAAACUUGAACAAGCAGAAAAAAGGAAAUUGGAAGAUAUAAAAGAAUUGCAGAAAGCUGGAAUUGCAUUCAAAAUGGACAAUAAUUUACCAAACCUUGUCAAUCUCAAUGAAGAUCCUCAGCUUUCUGAGGUGCUGUUAUAUAUGAUCAAAGAAGGAGAAACUACAGUUGGAAGGUGUACACCAAAUUCGAAACAUGAUAUCCAGCUUUCUGGCGUGCUGAUUGCUGAUGACCAUUGUGUUAUUAAAAAUACUGUUGGCAAAGUAAGUAUUAUUCCACUUAGAGAAGCCAAGACAUAUGUAAAUGGGAAAUGCAUUUUGGACCCAACAAUUCUGCAUCAUGGUGAUCGAGUGAUUCUUGGGGGAGACCAUUAUUUCAGGUUUAAUCAUCCAGCAGAGGUUCAGAAAGUAAAAACACCUUCUUGUGGGACUUUGUCUUUGCAUGAUAGUCCAAAAGAUUUUGAAUUUGCAAAGAAUGAGCUACUUAUUGCACAGCGAGCACAGCUUGAGUCAGAAAUUGAAGAGGCACGACUCAAAGCCAAGGAAGAAAUGAUGCAAAGUGUCCAAAUAGCAAAAGAGAUGGUUCAACAAGAACUGACCUCACAAAGAGAAGUGUAUGAGAGCAAAAUAAAAUCCCUGGAAGAAGAGGUGAGAGAAGAAUCUCGUAAGAAGCAAAUCCAAGAACUGAAUAACCAAAAAGCCACAACCAAAAUACAGGAGCUGGAGAAGGCAAAGAAAAGCCUUGAGCUAGAACUCCACUUCAAUAAGAAGCGUUUAGAAAUGGAGACCUUAGCUACCAAGCAGGCUCUAGAAGACCAUACUAUUCAUCAUGCAAAGAUAGUGGAAGCUCUGGAAGCUGAGAAGCAGAAGAUUGCUGAGGAAAUACACGCCCUUCAGAAGAAUCCUGGGAGUGGGAAUAAACCAGUGAUGACUCCACUGAACUGGAAGUCUCUGAAGCUGUCUGUGAUGAUUAAAGAGGCUAAUGCCAUUAGCAAUGCAUUAGGGAAAAACACUGUUUUCUGCAGGCAUGACAGAAUUGAUGAUAAAACAGGAACAGUGUCUUCUAUUCAGGUGCAGGUUCGUAACAUCAAACUGGGAAUAACAACUUUUUGGAGCCUAGAGAAAUUUGAAUGUAAACUAGCAGCAAUGAAAGAAUUCUAUGAGAGUAAUGAUAGAAAUAAAGCUGUUGUUGAUGUGUUUUAUGACCCUGCUGAUGAAUGGGAACCUGACCUUUCAGACACCUCCAUUUCCUUGCUUUCCAGAAGAAGAAGUAGAAGCUUCAUGAAGAACAAGAGAAUUUCUGGAUGUUUAUCUGAGAUAAAAUUGCAAUCUAUUCAGAAUAAACAGACUUCCUAUAUAUCAGGUUCACUGAACAAGUCCAGCAUAUGCUCAAGCAUUUCUGAAUUGUUUCUUCCUGGAAUUUGCAAGGAAUCCAUAAGUUCAGCUUUAGAUUUGCUGGAACAGAAUCACGAAGGAGGAAAAAGCAUAGCAGAUAGUCUCCUAACUAAUUUGUUUAUAGUUUUUUCUGGAGCAUCUGCCAUUUCCAAAGCCUAUGAACAGCAAGAUGAAGAAUGUCAGGAAAACUUUUUCUCUCUUGAUCGUGCUGCUCAGUCCUACAGCAUCAGAAUUGUCUCUGCUUUUGACCAGAUUGUGGUUAUAAGUAAACUGUGGUUUAAUAAUGUCCAAAAGUGUCCUGGAUCUAGAAAAGCUGAUGAAGAAAUGAAACAGGAAAUAAAGAACUUGGGAGGUUAUUUACAGUUGCUGUUACAGGGGUGUUCUUCAGAUAUAUCCUCAAUGGUAACGGAAGCAUGGAACAAAGUAAACCAAACAGUGAAACAAACAAUGAAAUACAUAGGACACUUGGCAGUAGUCACAACAACUGAUAUUUCAUUUCCUGAAGAGAGCAACAUUCCUGCCUCUAGUUUACAGGAAUUUGUACUUGCCAUUUAUGAUGGAAUAGGCUCAGGACUGGAGUGUCUCAUUGAUGCUGUACAGGAGAAAGCAAGAAUAGUGCAGAAAGAACUUGUGAAACAGUGUGCACAAAAUGAGAUAGUAGUGAAACCAUCGAAAUUACUUUAUUUGAAUGUCUUUUGCUUAACUCCCAGAUGCUUUGGGAUUCCAGCAAAUAGAACAGAGCACUCUGCUUUCCAGAUUCAAACUCGAAUAAAGGAUAACGUGGUGGCAUUAGCCAGAUUGCUUGAAAAUAACAUGUCUGACUGCAGAAAGGUAGAAACAGAAUCUCAGCUGCCAGAAGAAGAGUCUCUGUAUCGAGAAAUAAAGAAAAGCACUAAGAUUGCUGUGAAGUAUUUGGAACUGGAGCAGUGCCUGACUGAAGUCUAUCAAAUUGUCUCUUCCAUGUUACAAGGGUUAUACAGAAACACCAGCCCUCUCAGGAGCUUUGCAGAAAAUAUUUCUGUCAUUGCUGGAUAUUUUAACAACUAUUUCAGUUUAUUUGCCUCGUCUUCUGUGAACAACGCAAUCCAGAAAAUGAAUGUGCCUUUUAUGAACCUGGAUGAAUUGGACUCUCUGGUUGAUGCCCUUAUUAUGAAUUUUGAACAUGAACAAGGACAGCCAUCACUGCCAUCUCAAAUUAUUUGUAAUGAAACUGCUGAGACUCGAGGAGGACAGGUUGAAACAGGUCAGGUUGAAUUUGCUUGGAAAUGGAAUGGGAUUCCAGAAUGCACACAGACUCCAGAGCUUUCACCUGGUAGGAUAGAAUGGGUAUAAAAUGUUAUUAUCAAGAAAUUAAAGAGAACUCUUUCCUAUUGCAACAUAUCAAAAAAAGCUAAAAUGUAUUGCUAAUAUUAUUAGUGAGUGGUGUGAAAAUAAAAUGCCACGUUUGUGCAAGUACCCUAUAUUUCACCAAAGAAAAAACUACAUUCCUUAAGAGACUGUCAAACUACAAAAUGGAAUUCCUUUUGUUUUAAUAGAAGUCUAUUACUACCUAAGUUUAUAAAAAAUAAUUUGAUUUUUUUGAAUUUUUGCUUCACCUCAGGUGCAUUAUAAUCUAGUAGUGCUACUGCAACUUGAAAAUGUUUUUUAUGCCUUUUUUAAACAGAGCAAAAACUUUGUAUUUAUUUGUAGAGGAAAACAACAGAGCUAGUAAAAGUACUUUACAACCUCAUUCGAUGGAAGUUUUUUAAAGUGGGUUUUAGUGCAUUGAAGAAUCUGGGCUGAAAGUAUCAAUGAUGAUGUUCAAAGUGACCUGAAGUAAGUUAUGUUGGGUUUGUUGCUAGUGAGCUAUCUUCUGAUUGCUGAAAUAAUUUUCUCUGCUAUUCAUAUCAGAAUAGAAGCAUAUCUGUUCCUAAAUAACAUAAAUUAUCCCAGGUUGUAGAGAGCUUCCCAAUCCACUACUUCCUUGUGCUUAUCAUUGUUUAACAUCUUACUUUUGGUCUUAUGGCUGAAGUUAACAGGAAGAAUGGAAAUUAAUUUGCAUGGGUUUUAGAAGGCCUGGUCUGAGCACAAUUUACUCACAACAGUGCUGAGAAAUUAAUAAGGUAAAACGUAAGGUUUUUUCCUUAUACAUCAAUGUGUCAGUCAUGAUUUAAGCCCAGCUGGAAACUAGGCACCACAAAGCCACUCCCUUACUCCCUCAUCAGUGGGGGAGAAUCAGAAGGGUAAAAGUGAGAAAAUUCCUGGCUUGAAUAUAGACAGUUAAGUAGGGAAAGCAAAAGAUGCACACACAAGCAAAGCAAAACAAAGAAUUAAUUCACUGCUUCCCAUGGUCUUCCCCAUGGGCUGCAAGGGAAUCUCUGGUCCCAUGCCUGGAGCAUCUCCCCUGCUUCAUCAUGGGGUUGUGGGUCCUUCCCAUAGACUGCAGUUCCUCACUAACUGCACCUUCCACAGGGUGCAGUCCUUCAGGAGCAGCCAGCUCCAGUUUGGGUCGCCCAUGGAGUUACAAGUCCUGCCAACAAACCUGUUCCAGCAUGGUCUUCUUUCUCCAUGUCUCCGCUGCCAGGAGUCUAUGGCAUCAUUGGCUUGCCCUGGCUUUCCCUCCAUCAGGCUCACCUGUGCCAGUGUGGGCUCCUUCAUGGGCUGCAUGUGGAUCUCUGCUUCCACAUGGACCCAUCCACAGGUCCCAGUCUCUCUGACUUGUGUUCACACUGGAGGGAGUUCCAGUGUGUCCAGUACAGCAGCACAGAAACAGCAGCGAUGCUCUGGCCAUGUGCCAGUCCCUGUGCAUCACCAUUGCUGUCCUCAAAAUGUCCCCAGGCACAGCAGAGUGAGGGGAUCAGCAGCACAACAGUGGGGAAAGCAAAAAGCAGCCACAGAUGAGCACUGCACUAAUGUACUGUAAGGCAUCAAGCCCAGGGCAAGCACAGGAGUCUGCCCAAAGCAGCCAAAGAGCAAUAAAUUCCAUCUAACCCAUUCCAAUCAAAGCUGUUAUCCUGAACUUUCUGAGCCCAGUGUUGGGCAUCAAAAUGAACUCUUGUGGUUUAGCCCCAGCUGCAUACUCACUGCCUCCCAGUGGGACUGAGGGAGAAUUAAAAGAGUAAAAGUGGGAAAAAUCAGAGGCUGAGAUAAAGACAGUUUAUUAGGAAAACCAAAAAAUUGUUUAGCUUGGCUUGCAUGCAACAAGAAAUCAAUUCACUUCCUGUGGCCAGGCAGGUGUUCAGCCAUCCCUGGGAAAGCAGGGCACCAUCAUAUGUAAUGGUUACUUGGGAAGACAAAUGCCAUCACUCUGAAUGUUCCCUCAUUUCUUCCCCUCUGUAUACUGAACUUGAUGUCACAUGGUCUGGAAUAUUGCAGCUGUGUCCUCCCCACUUCCCAAGCACCUCCAGCUUCUUCAUCAGCAUGCAGUGCAAGAAGCAGAAAAGGCCUUGGCUUUUUCAACUUCUGCUCAGCAAUAAUAAUAAAAAAACCCCUCUAUUUUAUCAUUGUGUUCAGCACAAAUCCAAAUAAUUGUUGUAUACAAGCCACCUUGAAAAAAAUUAUUCCCACUUAAGCCAAAACCAGCACAGCUUCCAUGGUGGAUAUUCAUGGCUGUAAUCUCUCCUUCUUAGGGAAGAUGUUCAACAUCUUGAGAAUUUCAGUCUUUGAAGACAUGUAAGGCUCUUGGAACUCAUUUAUGUGAACAGACUGCAGUGGAAUUAAUCAUAAUUUCCUUUUGAAAUUUUUAGUUAUAAUUGAUACUGUUAUUCAGUGGUUUUGUGCUUUUCUGAUGCAGAGGAAAUGGGGAAGGCAAUUAUGUUGCUCCAGUAACCCACAUAUGUAUUUUCUGAAGAGUAGUGCACUGUAGUACUUUCCCAAAAAGUGUUUAGCAGUGCAGACCUGCCACCAAAAACACACAGCACUUUUUUUGCAGCGAAUUUCCCUCUCACAUAAGGUGUGAUGUUUAAUUGCUUUCUUACUGUAAAGGCCUUUGCAAGUUUGCUCAAGGGUAAAGAAAGUCUAAUCAGCUGUUCAGCUUUUUAUACUUUAAAAAUGAAGAGAAGCCUGAUAUAUUUCUACUUGUGUAAAUGUGUUAUUUUGUAUUUGCCUGAAGUUUUUAAAAUGUAGCUGUUCUUCUGUGUUGUGUAUCUAAGCAUGGGAAAUGUAAAGAGUAAAACUACAUCAUGUACCUGCUCACUGAUUUUUGCAACUCAAAGUGUAAAUUCUUUGUUAAUUUCUUCAGUUGACUUUGAGAUCUUCCUUUGUCACUGAGAGUAUUGCUUUCUUGCUCAGAAAUAUUGUAGUGUCAAAAUAUGAAACGUUAAUAAGAGGUGUUUUCUGUAGUUCACAAGAGGAACAAACCAGAAAAUUUCUUUACCUACCUAAAAUUUCUUUCCUCUACCAAGACACACAAACUUCCCUCAACUAACAGCACACAUCUAUACACUGAGUGCUCAUGAACUAAUCUAUGUCUAUUGAUGUCGGAACAGUCAAUUCCUUUCAAUAUCUGCUAGUGAAGAUUAUGGUGUUAUGUCAAGUUUUCAUUGCAAAAUUACAUUCGGGUGUUAGUGAUAUUCCACCUGCUCACAUGUUUAAUCAUGUUAGCUUUUGUUCUUGUAUUUAAUAAUAAGCAUUGCUCAGAAAACAUAUUGAGAUUUGUAGCUCUGUAUUGUUAUGAGAGUUUUUUUUCCCUUUCUGUAAUUGAAAAUGAAGUUUUCCCACAAACUUAAAGCUCAAAAUUACUUUGAAUUUUUAGCAUUUUGGAAACUCGGGAAGUGACCAUGUAAACUAAUGGGUUUUUGAUAGACUUUUAACUGAGGUAUUGGAAAGCCAUGUUCAUAAUGAAAUUUAGCUUUUGCAGAGUAAGUGCAAAUGUGCCAAUAACUCCCUUCUGCUCAGUUGGGGUUUGUUGUUUUGGGGUUUUUUUGUUGUUUUUUUGUUUGCUUUUUCUUCAUCUCUGUGCUAACCAACUGUGUCUAAUCAGUCCCUCUCUUACUUCCAUUGUUAAUGCAUUCUUUUAGAGUAAGAUGUUGACAGAACCUACUUCUGCUAGUGCUUUCUUCAGCUUGGUGCCCUUGUUGCAGUUAUACAUCACUGAGGUGCCUCAUUCUCACGAUCCAUAGAGUGCCCAUAGAUCAGCAGCGAGCCAGAGCUCUCACACCGUGCUGCAUUAACACAUCAACACGCCUAGCUGAGGCCCCAGCCUUCUAUGGAUGUAACAUACCAUAAGGUGAGGUGUAUUUAUAACUAUAGGCUAGUGUAUCUAGAAAUUAUCAAUACCAAGGAACUGGCAUCACAACCAAUAUUUAUUAAAACAACUUUUGCUAAUGGUUAUUAAUGGAAUUAAGAUGUUUACUUCCACUUACUCCUUCACACUUGCACCCACACACAAAAAUCACUCAUGGUUACAAGGCUGGAGCAACAACUGUGAGCUCCUGACUCUGAGGUGGAGGCUCAGACUGGCUUUGAUGAGACUUUGAUGUGCCGGGCACCUCAGCAUGUACACUGCCUCUUUUUGGCUGCUGUUUUCUAGCUACUGUUUCUUCAUCCACAGGCGCCUGUAGAACCAUUCACACACACUUAUACAGACAGAACUUUUGUGGUUCAGGCUGAAACUUACUCAGUAGCUGAAGUCAUGCUACUGCUGAAAGCACUAAAUUUGGUCUCCAAAGGCUUUGGGGUACUUAAAUCUACAGCCUUCAGCACCAUGACACUGAGAGAAACUGAGUGAACAGUCAGGAACAUGUGGGAGGAGUGGGAAGUGCUAUGAAGAAAUGUUUAGACACCUGACUGAGAUGUAUUGUUUUCUGCAGUUGUGAUGAAUUUACUUUGUUAUAUGAAUUGAUGUAAUCUGUGAUUUGUGGGUUGGUGUGGGGAUUUUGUUGGGGUUGCUUUUUUUUUUUGUUUGUUUGUUUGUUUUUGGUGGGUUUUUUUUGUUUUGUUUUGUUUUUCUUCUCUUUUUCCUCCAGGAAAUUAUUCUUCAGUCAGCUUUCAGGUAAAAAGUAAUUAGAACUAUAGGUACUUGACAAGGGUUUAAUGACUGACAUAAAAGGAGGAGGGGCUUUGUUUUAAUUUAAAUGUAAAGUGGGGAGACAGGAUACUCAGACUGCUGUACCCUAGUUUAAUUUGAAAAUGUGAAACUAAGAAAAAUCUAACCAAUUAAAUACAUUCUCUUUACAAUAGAAAUCACUUUAAGAAAUUAAUAAGAAAUAGUUAUUAAUUUCCAUACUUUAUUUUAAAAACAGUACUAUUUAAUAAAAAGGCAUAAUGGUUCUGAGAGUACCAGUUAGCCUAUCUUUAUUGAGACAUGUUGUGUGUAAAUGAGGUUUUAGAAGAAAGUGUGGUCUAGCUAUGCUUUUUAAAGAAUGUGUAUUAGUGUAUUAGUCUUAGAAAUUAAGGAUAAAUAAAAUCUUCUGGUACUUGCUUGAAAAUUCUAGAUGAAGGAAAACAGCAAGCUGCAGUUUAGAUUUAAUUUGAUCCAGUAAUGGCAUCUGCAGGCAGAAGAGGAGACUACAUCUGAUUUACCUCUGCAAAUACAACCUGUUAUUUUUGGAUAGGAAAUUUUUUCUCAUUCUUCAUUUAAGUGAAAAUACUGUGAUUUGAUGAGUCCUGUCACUUUUGUAUGUUUUGCAGCUCUUAUGAUUUCAAGGUAGGUUUUUGCUUUGUUAAGUUUUGGGGGUUUUUUAUAUUAUUAUUUUAGGACAGUACUUUAAUUCCCUUCCUAGCUUUUGGUAGGAUCUGAGAGGGUUUAUGCCUUUUCCCAAGAAAGAACUACGCUUUUUUUUUUUUUUAAGUCUUGAUUUUUAAUUUUUCUUUAUUUAAAAAAAUUAAUAUAAACCCAAAUUGCUGACUUUUCUUUGUUUUAUGCUCUUUUUAUGACCUGGAAUUGGUACAGGUAACAAGAUUUUUUUUUUUCUUGAAUUUUUUCCUAGCCCAUUUUUGUUUGUUUGUUCUCGUUGUCUUAGUAUGUUUAUGUUCAUGAGUAGCAUUGGCUUCUAGGACAGGAAACAGUUUAUGUAAUCUAAUCAAUAUUCAUAUGAUUUGGUUAUUACAGUGAAAACAGAACAAACCAGAGAUCUUCUGAGCUAAUGCUUCAUCAACAGCAAGCACCACAAACAACAUAAAAAACUAUUCCUUCAGGUAUCUUUCAAAAUGAGCUAGAGUGGCUCACCUCUGUCCUUGUGGGAUUGUGUUCUGGGGCACCUAGCCAGGAAGAUGAUGCUGAUGAAAUACCCCCAUAGCAACUGGGGAAAGUCUCACUGCCAGGGCUGACUGUGUAACUCUAUCCAAAACCAUUUCUCAUUUAUUAACACUUUAUAAUUCUCUUAGCAGUUUUCAUUCUCCUGCUUGCCAUCACCAUCCCUGAACAGCAUUCUCAGAAAAACACGGAUGGUAGCGAAAACGUGUGCACUUUUAUAGCUGUGGAUUUUGUCCUUUUAGUUUAGAAAAGUCCCGCCGCCCAUGACUUUCGUGUUUCCCGGGCAGGAUGGUGUUUGCUGCGGAGUUUUCCCUGCCCGGCUCGGGAGCCUGGAGGAGCGCCGGGGAUGGAGCUGCGGUGCUCCCGCGCGGCCGCUGGAUGGCGCUGCUGCCCAAGGCGAGGAACACUCCGCUUCGGAGCGCUCCCGGGAACAACUCCCUGCUGCGUAACCCCUUCAUUGACUGUGUCACAGCUUAAAGCAUCGCUGCAAUGUAUGCACAAACAUAUCUCUUGUCUCACGCUUAUUUUUCGCGUUGUUAGUUUAAAUUGUAAUUUUCUUAAAAGUUCUUAUUAAGAAAAAGAAGCAUCUAAUUUUGCUUGUGCGUAAUACAGUACAAUAAUAAUUUUUAUCAAAAUCUGGAGUAAAUGUCAAAAACAGCGUGCCUAACUAUAAGCAAUCUUAAGGAAUAGCUUUUUCUGUCAUGUUCACAUGAACAGCAUAGAAAAAUAAAAAGCUCAGGUUUAAUAAUGGGAUAUGUAAAGCUAGGAGAAAUUAUGGCUAGUAAAGCAAAUUUUAUGCCAGUGUGACUUCAUUCUGAAGCCACUUCUAAUUACCAAGAUGCCUAUAAAUAAACUAAUGUUUGUCUGCA